AUGCGAUCACCCGUGGAGGACCUGUUGCGCAACAAGCCUGCCGCCAAGCCGCUCGCGACGCCCUCCUUCCUGGACUUCAGCCUGCCGUCCAUCAACCUCGGCGGCGGCGGCGGCGGCGCCGCCACUACCAACAGCAGCAGCAGCAGCGCCCUGGCCGGCGCGGCGUCAGCGUCGGCGUCCGGCGGCGCUGGCGGCGGCGGCGCUGCGUCGAAGUUCGACAUGUUUACCCGAAAGUUCAAGGAGACGAUGGUGGAUCUGAUUAAUACGGAUCUGUCGCAGCCCUACGAGACGGGGCCCGGCAGCGGCGGGCGCCCCGGCGGUGCGGGCGGCGGCGCGGGGUCGCCGCAGCUGCGCGCGGGGACGCCGACGCAGCAGCAGCAGCUGCCGCAGCGAGCGGCCACGCCUGGGGCGCCUGGUGCACCGCCGUCCGCAUCACCACAGCAGCAGCAGCAGCAGCAGCAGCGUCCGGCGCAGGCCUCGCCCGCGCCGCAGCAGCCGCGCGACGCGCCCUCCCCGUCGCCGGCGGGCGCCGAGGCGGCCCCGCCCUCCCCGGCCGCCGGCUCGCCCUCCCCGUCCCCUUCGCCCUCCCAGGCGCAGCAGGGCGGCCGCUGGGGCCUGCGGGAGCGCACCGUCGCCAUCGAAUCCCUCACGGCAAUCGCAGACGAGCUCAAGGCCGCCCGCGGCGCCCUCACCUCGCUGCUCGGCGGCGGCGCCGCCUCGGCGUCCGGCGGCGGCCUUGGGAGUGGGAGCGGCGGCGGCGGCGGUGCAGGGGGCGCGGCGUUGGCGCGGGAGGUGGAGCUUUACUAUUCGAGGACGGUCGACGCGGGCAUGUUCGACUCAGACCGCGGCACCGCCGCCCAGAUCGCAGCGGCGGGCUACGCGUCGCGCGAGCCGGCGGCCAACUACCAGCCCUGGUCUGAGGCGCUGCUGCGGCACAUGAGGAGCUUCGGGCAGUUUGUGGCGGCGGCGGGGCUGCCUGGAGACAUUCAGAAGCAGAUGUGGGAGCACGCCGCCAGGCUCGCGGCCGACGCCGUGCUGGACGGCCUCGCGCGCUGCCGGCGCUGCAGCGUGGAGGGGCGCGCGGCGAUGAGCCUGGACUUUGGCUACGUGGAGAAGGGCCUGCGGGGGCUGCUGCCGGCGGGGGCGUCGGCGGGCAGCAGCCUGCGCCUGCUGGACGCCUACAUAAAGGCCUUCUACAUGCCGUGGGAGGAGCUGCCGCGCUGGAGCCAGGUGCACCUGGCGGAGUACGGGAAGGCCAAGAUUCUGGCGCUCAUAGAGACAAUGGCGGAGGCGUACGGCGUGAAGAGGGCAGCCAAGACGGCGCUGCUGGAGCGGCUGAACGCAGAGCUCGACGAGUUUGCCUAG